UUCUGUUACUAGAUCUCAGUCGAUAUCACCUGUGCUCAUUAGAAUCUUUAUCUUUUGCCUUGAGUUUCUUUUCCAAUAAGCAUAACCAAGUCUCUUUUUCUUCCUAUUUUGUGCGACUUUGUAUGGUGGGUUAGAAUCAUUCAAACUUUAUUAUUAAUCUGGAAUUUUUAGAUUGGUCUUUGCUAAUCUGGUCAUCCAAGAUUGCCACUAGCUUAAGAGAAGCUCUUAUUAUCAAAGGAUUAGCUUGCAAUCAAAUAUUUAGAGAUGCAAACAUUUCUACAUUGAAACUUGGCAAUCAUUGUUAACCCACUUUCUUUGUAAUGGAUGGGAUAAGCGAGAAAAGAUGAGAAGUAUCAAGAGACCAAAAACGAACUAAUAACAAAAGUUCCGCUCAAGAGAUCAAAAAAACUAAAAGUGUGGGCAACCCAAAACUAAGCCAGUCUCAUUAUAAUGCACAGCAUCAUUUAAAAAGGAAAAAACUUGGACAUUUCAACUCAAAGGUCUCCUCAAAAAGGAACUUGUAUGGUGCAAGCAAGAAGCAGAAGAAGUACAACUCCGCCGUUGAGAAGCAAACUUCAAAGAAAGAUAUGCUGGGCAAGAAAGUAGGAGAAAGCUCUUUCUGAACCCCUGCUAAAACUGAAAGCUCUAAGAUGAAGUCAAGUCCAAAUAACAGUUUUUACAUGACUUGUAAGACCCAAAAUUUUACGAGAAAAACUAGCAUAAUUAGCACAGAUAUCAUUUAUGAAGAAAUGGCAGAUGAAUUUGAGAAAAUGAGAGAGAGGUACAGCUACAAGAAGUGUUCUACUGGCACCAAACUUCCCAAGCGUGCAUCUACAAUGUACACUAAGAUAGAUGGAAAGAAAGCUGUUUGUUGCAACAAUGCAGUUGUCGAGAACUUUAAACUGAGAUAAAUAUCUAAUCCAUAUCCUAACAUUCUGGGACUAAAAUAUAAUGAUCAAAUCUAUGCACCAGCCCUUGAUCUUUUGUAUGAGGAUUUUACCAUUCUAAUAACUUUAAGGACCGAAAACAGUUUAA